CCAUUUCAGGGUAUUCAAUAAAUUGCAUUGGAGUUGUUCGGUCUGUCAUAUCGUGUAGUGAAGGAAUUUGUAAUUUUAUUUUAUUGUUCGGUGUGUAAAGUGUUAUUAUAUAUCUCUUAUAAAAACGCAGAUUCUUAACGGCACCUGUCGCAUACAUAUGCAAAAGUGAAACUUCAAAAAACGCUCGCCUUCAAAGACGGACAAUUGGUGGAAUUUUUCCAAAUUUUAUCUAUUGCGCUGUGAUGUAACCGCGUGAGACUAUACGCGACCCAAAUUUAUGUGCCUAGCAAAUGGUUUUUCAUGUGUUCAUUAAAUUGAUUGCAAUAUUGUUUUGGUGCAUUGUAAGCGGCUAAUUAGCUUGUAAAAAGUGUAAAUAAAUAAACCACCUUAACCUCAUUUGGACAUAACCUCGUAGAUUUUGUUUGGAAAUGGAAUUUUUUGUUCGAUUAAAUUUAGUUGGAAUUUUGUUAGAAGGUCGGCUAGCCGAUGAUAUGCAGUUCGAGUUUAAUAAUCGGCGGCCAUUGUCGAUAAUGUAGUGCUAGAAAGAGACAACUAGUAUGACGGUUUAAUUGCGUCUGGAAAACUGUGGAGUGCUGCCGUAUAGAUUGCAUAAGAAAUAGUACUAUUGUUAAAACAAAAGUUUUAUAAAUGUUACAGCAUCUUAACUUAAAUCUAUUAAAAAUAUAUAUAUUUAAAAAAAAACCAAGUAUCUGAAGAAUAAACGGGGAUUAAAGUAAAGUUUAAGUAAAACUUGCAUCAGCGCGACAUUAUGGAUAGAAGAACAUUUCAAAUCCAGUGGAUAGAAGGCGACACUGAAGGCUUAAAAAGUGGCGGCGGACAGUUGAUUGUGAAACGACAAGUACCAUCAGAAGAUGAGCUACUGGCUAACGGUGUGGUUACAUCAGAUAGUGCCGCCUUUCACAUAGUCUCUGGAGACGAUGUUGAUGGCAAUGUACCAAACGAAGUGGACAUCGAUCAUAUAGCUGCCGAAAAUUUAAUUUUCAUGGCGCGGGAUGGUCAAAUGGUAACGGAGAUUAUAGGUGCUACUACCGAUGAAAAUGGAACCGUCGUUGUAUCCGCCUCUGAUAAUGUUGAUUGUACGGAGGCAUUGAAACAAGCAGCUGCUGCUGUUAUGUCUUCCAAUGAGCUGACAAAUGGACAGGGAAAUGGCGAUAUAAGGUUUGGGGAAAACUUUGUUGUUGAUAACACACCGCAAAUGGUAACCGAAGAAGUGAUAACGGACGACUGGGUGCAGCAUCAAGGCGAGGAACGUGUGGAAAUACCAGCAGAUCAGAUCAUUUGUUCAGGUUCGCAAGUAUUGCUUGACAUGGAAGUACCUUUGCCUACUGUGCAGGAUGAGUACACUACGUUACGGCCUUACCCGUGCGAUUUUUGUAGCAGACGCUUUCGCAAAAAGACAAGUUUGAUGAAUCACAUCGUUGCGCACCAGAACGAUCGUCCACAUUUGUGCAAAUUGUGCGGGUGUCGUUUUUUCCGUCGUUCCGAUUUAAUAAACCAUUUAAAAGCACAUGCCGACGCACCAGAUCCUGAAUUAGAUGCAGAAUUUAUGAAUUUUGUGGAGCAGGAACAGCAACCGAUGCGCCAACCCAACGAUCAUUACUACGAACAAGAUUGGACAACACAAAUUAAUUCUUUGCAACGCCACAAUAAAUCUAGUCGAAAAACGCACAACGUUAGCGGUAACAGCUCAUCUACCUCCACUUCGACGACUGUGGGACGGGGACGCAUUAGUCGCUUAAGACCAAAUAAAGAAGAAAGUUUUGUAAUAAAUGAACCGUUGCAGAACGAUGUACAGGAAACCGAAAAUCAGCAAAAUCAUGCCGCUGCUUAUGAGGACUGCCAACAACUACAGGCAUCAACUGCUGUUGUAAAAUUCACACAAAACCAAUCGCCAGAGCAUGGGAAAACCUUCCCUGUAAUUGAUGAGAGUAAGCCAUUUGUGUGUCAACAGUGCGGCUUGGCGUUUGGGCGGGAGAAGGCGUUAUUAGCACACACAAAGGUUAGUCCGAAAAAACAGACCGUAUUCAACGCUCCGAUAUAACGUUUUGCAUAUUGAUUACGGAU